UAAUAAAUGUACCGGGUGAAAGACUCCCGUUAAUGAAAUUUAUGAAAUUGAAAAUAGACUUCUACACGUACCCAUUACCAAGUCCUACCAAUAUCUCUAAAGAUUGAUGAUUUUUGAAAAUGAGAAAAUGAUAGCUAAAUGGACGCCCUGUUUGGUUUAAUUAGAAUGGGCUGUAUUUGUGGUAAAGAAGCCCUUCGCAUCAAUGAUAGAAGAUUUUAUCUCCGAUCAAGAUUAGGAGAAGGUGGGUUUAGCUAUGUUGACCUGAUAGAGGAAAUCAGAACUCACAAAGACUAUGCUCUAAAGAGAAUUACAUGUCAUUCUAAUGAGGAAGAAAGGAUAGCUUUGCAGGAGAUAGAAUUAAUGAGAACAUUCAAACAUCCAAACAUCAUACCGUUAGAGGCAUCCUCUGUCAUUAAAGUCAAUCAGUAUUCCAAAUCUCUAGACAUUGUCAGUGAAGUCCUCAUUGUCAUGCCUUAUUAUUCAAGAGGAUCCUUACAAGAUGUAAUAGAAAAGAUGAGUAAGAAGUCUGAGAGGUUUCCUGAAGAAAGUGUGUGGGAAUUGUUUAAGGGGAUUUGUCUUGGACUCCAAGUGUUCCAUAAACACAAUCCUCCAUAUGCUCACAGAGAUCUCAAGAUGGCCAAUAUAAUGUUAGCAGAUGAUGGGACAGCGAUAAUAAUGGAUUUAGGGUCUGCAAAUAAAGCCAGAGUAGAGAUCAAAACUCCAUCGCAGGCACAUAGCUUGCAGGAUGAAGCAGCAGAAAGAUGUUCUAUGUUCUACAGGGCACCAGAACUUUUUAAUCCAGAAUUAGGUUCCAGUGUAGACGAAAGAACAGACAUUUGGUCUUUAGGUUGUUUGUUAUAUGCAUUAGCCUACUUGGCAUCACCAUUUGAGAGUGAUUAUAAUCAUGGUGGAAGUAUAGCUCUUGCUGCUCAAAGUGGGCGAGUCAAAUUUCCAGAGGAUAAUAGGGGAUAUUCCAAAUCUUUACAAGAAACAAUAUUAUUACAGAUGAAAGUUAACCCUGCAGAGAGGCCAUUUAUAGACGAUGUAUUACAACAUAUAGAAACUGUAUCAUACAAAGCUUCUAACCGUGUGUAACCAGAAUCAUUCAUUUAAUCAUUUUAUUUGCUCACUAUGUUUGAAAAAGGUCUUUUUAGUAGAAAAUACUGGGAAGUUUAAAUUAUUUUAAAGUUAAAUAACUUUUAACUAUCAAUAAUCUACUAGUAUUGUAAAGAUAUAAAAAAGAAGAUGUGGUAUGAUUGCCAAUGAGACAACUAUUCACAAGAGACCAAAUGACACAGGAAUAAAGGCCUUUAAAGAAAAACUACAUUAUAUACAUGUAGAUAUGAUUUGUCUACUAUUCAUUAAUGAUAUAGUUACUUAUUUGAUGUUGGAACCAGUGAUAAGAUCCUUAGUUAUGUGGAUAUAUCAAAAUAUAUCAAUUUUACUGCUGUUUAGUGAAUUAUAAUUGAUAUCAGUUUAUUGUUUUUAAGGAGGCUCGAGGUACAAAAAUUUCAGAAAAAUUUUAAACAAUUUUUUUAUUACACAUUUUAUUUGUUACACUACUAGUUGUUAGUUUAUGAUAUGGUUCAAAAACCAACCAUAAAAAUUGAUUCGUUUUAGCCCCAGAUAAAAUGUUUAUAUCAUUGAAAAAGCUCCAAAUUAUCUCCCUUUUGUACAAAAAUGCUAUUUUUUUGCAUUAAAAUUUAUUACAUUUUUCAAAUAAGCUGUACUUGAACUAAACAAUUGUAAAGUUUCUGUAAUUAAGUUUUUGAUAUGAAAUUAAACUUAAUUAUGAAACAUUGUGUAAUAUUAAAAUAGGCUACCACUUACUUGUAUAUGUCUUGGUUUGUGUGCAAUAAAAGUGAACAUUGCUAUAUUGUAAAGUGCUAUAUUGUAAUAUUUUAUGAUUGUAUUAAGUUCAUUCCAAACUUG